AUGUUAAUGGUAUCUAUCAUGGAAAGGGAACGAACACGGAAACGACCUCGUCUCGAAUGGGAUGUAGCUCCUCAACCUUCAUUUCCACCGGCACAGAGAAAUUUCGCGGUGGUUGGUGAUGAGAAAAAGCAUGCAUCGCCUCCUAGAAGAAACGACGAUCGUGAUGGACAUUAUGUUUUCAAUCUCGGCGAAAAUCUCACUCCUAGAUAUAAAAUUCUCGGCAAAAUGGGUGAAGGCACUUUUGGUCGAGUUUUGGAAUGUUGGGAUCGUCAAACAAGAGAUUAUGUAGCUAUCAAGGUAAUUAGAAGCAUUCAGAAGUAUCGUGACGCGGCAAUGAUCGAGGUUGAUGUGCUGGAGCGUCUUGUGAAGAGUGAUGUGGGAUGCUCACGGUGUGUACAGAUCCUAAAUUGGUUUGAUUACCGGAAUCACAUAUGCAUUGUCUUUGAGAAGCUUGGACCAAGCUUAUUUGAUUUUCUAAAGAGAAAUAAAUACUGCCCAUUCCCUGUGGAUCUUGUUCGUGAAUUUGGACGACAGCUUUUGGAAUCUGUAGCAUAUAUGCAUGAACUAUGGCUAAUCCACACCGACCUGAAGCCAGAAAAUAUACUUCUUGUUUCUUCUGACUAUGUAAAGCUUCCCGGUUGUAAGAGGGUUUUCUCAGAUGAAGCACAAUUUAGGUGCUUGCCUAAGUCUAGUGCUAUUAAGCUGAUUGAUUUUGGUAGUACUGCAUCUGCAAAUCAGAGCCAUAGCUCCAUUGUUUCUACAAGGCAUUACAGAGCCCCUGAGGUUAUCUUAGGUCUAGGGUGGUCAACCCCAUGUGAUUUGUGGAGUGUUGGAUGUAUUCUCUUCGAAUUAUGCACGGGAGAAGCAUUGUUUCAGACACAUGAAAAUUUGGAGCACCUGGCAAUGAUGGAGAGAGUUUUGGGACCUCUACCGGAGCAUAUGGUUCAAAAGGCUAACAAGGGUGCAGAAAAAUAUUUCAAGCGUGGAUCACGACUAAGAUGGCCUGAAGGAGCUGUUUCAAGGGAGAGCAUUAAUGCAGUGAAGAGGCUUGGUCAUCUUAAGGAUAUUAUAUCACGUCAUGUAGAGUCCUCAAGGUCCUUGUUAAUUGAUUUGUUACAUGGCUUGUUGACUUAUGAUCCGGCCAAACGUAUUACUGCCCGCCAAGCCCUUGAUCACCGCUUCUUUAGGAUUCCAACUUAA